CACACACACACAAACACACACACAGCUGCAUCGUUUUCUGGUCCAAGAAAAAACACACUUUUGUCUCCCCUGAAAAAAUUCUGCUAAUUUUCAAGCCACAUUUUAGCCUUUACGCUUCUCUCUCUUUCUCUCUCUACUGGCAACAAUGGAAGCUAAUUCUUCCGGUGAGGAUUGUACUGUGAAAGUGGCAGUUCAUGUGAGGCCUCUGAUUGGAGAUGAGAGGCUUCAAGGCUGUAAAGAUUGUGUCACCAUAGUACCUGCCAAACCUCAGGUACAAAUCGGGACUCACUCUUUCACAUUCGAUCAUGUUUAUGGCAGUAAUGGCUCCCCCUCAACCUCAAUGUACGACGAGUGCGUGGCCCCUCUUGUCGAUGGUGUGUUUCAAGGCUAUAAUGCUACUGUUCUUGCUUAUGGACAGACGGGCUCCGGGAAAACAUAUACCAUGGGAACUAGUGUAAGAGAUGGAAGUGAAGGCGGACUAGUUCCUAAAGUUAUGAAUGCUUUGUUCAACAAAAUUGAGACGUUGAAGCAUGAAAUUGAAUUCCAGCUGCAUGUUUCCUUCAUUGAGAUACAUAAAGAAGAAGUAAGAGACCUGCUAGAUCCUGAUUCCACUAACAAACAAGAGACGACAAAUGGACAUGCUGCUAAAGUGGCGAACCCUGGGAAACCCCCAAUUCAGAUUCGUGAGAGUUCCAGUGGUGCUAUCACACUUGCAGGGUCCACUGAGUGCAGUGUCAAGACACUCAAAGAGAUGGCUGAUUGUUUAGAGCAAGGGUCUGUAAGCAGGGCAACAGGGAGUACAAACAUGAACAAUCAGUCAAGCCGAUCGCAUGCCAUUUUCACAAUCACAGUGGAGCAGAUGCGUCAACUUCAUCCUAGUAUUUCAAGUAAUGGCAAUCUAACUGACUGUAUGUCUGAGGAGUAUCUAAGUGCCAAGUUGCAUUUGGUGGAUCUUGCUGGCUCAGAGCGUGCCAAGAGAACAGGCUCAGAUGGUUUACGUUUUAAGGAAGGAGUUCACAUUAACAAAGGUCUCCUCGCACUCGGUAACGUUAUAAGCGCACUUGGUGACGAGAAAAAGCGGAAAGAAGGCGUUCAUGUGCCUUAUCGGGAUAGUAAACUUACUCGGCUGCUUCAGGAUUCUCUUGGUGGGAACAGCAGAACAGUGAUGAUAGAUUUAAUUGACUUCUUGUUCAAAAUUCAUUGGUUUGCUAAUGACCAGAUUAAUAGAGAUCCAAUAUCCACCGAGAUGCUAAAGAUGCGUCAACAGUUGGAAUAUCUACAGGCUGAACUUUGUGCCCGUGGUGGAGGAGUUUCAUUUGAUGAAAUACAGGUUCUUAAAAGUAGAAUUGCUUGGCUUGAGGCUACUAAUGAGGAGUUGUCUCGGGAGCUCCAUAAGUUUCGUAAUGUAAAUGGUUGCAUGAAGCAGCACGAAGCCGAAAUUAAAGCUUAUGAAAGUGGUGUAAUUAAGAGUGAAGGUCUCAAAAGAGAGUUGCAAACUAUGGACUCAUCUGAUUAUCAAAUGAGUGAAGGCAGCAUAACCAGUGAUUCUGGAGACAUCGAUGAAGAUACUGUAAAAGAGUUGGAGCAUACGUACUUGCAGAACAGUAUGGAUAAAGAAAUGAGCGAGUUAAAUCGACAGUUGGAGCAGAAAGAGUCGCAGAUGAAACUUUUUGGAGUAAAUGACACCACAGCUUUAAAGCAACACUUUGGAAAGAAGCUUAUGGAACUUGAGGAGGAAAAAAGAACAGUGCAGCGGGAAAGGGAUCGACUGUUGGCAGAGGUUGAAAACCUUUCAGCUAAUUCUGAUGGACAGGCACAAAAAUUGCAGGACACGCAUGCUCAGAAACUAAAAAUGCUUGAGGCCCAGAUACAAGAUCUUAAAAAGAAACAAGAGAAUCAGGUUCAACUUCUAAAACAGAAACAGAAGAGUGAUGAAGCUGCUAGAAAACUGCAAGAGGAAAUACAAUGUAUUAAGGCACAAAAGGUUCAGCUGCACCAAAAAAUAAAGCAAGAAGCUGAACAAUUUCGACUGUGGAAAGCAUCUCGAGAAAAGGAAUUACUGCAGUUAAGGAAAGAAGGGAGAAGGAAUGAGUAUGAAAGACAUAAAUUGCAAGCAUUGAAUCAACGUCAGAAAAUGGUUCUCCAGAGAAAAACUGAGGAAGCCGCAUUAGCUACCAAGAGGUUGAAAGAACUUCUAGAAGCACGGAAAUCUUCAACUCGUGAAAAUUCAAUCAACAGCAAUGGAAAUGGUACAAAUGGGCAGGGCAAUGAAAAAUCAUUGCAACGUUGGCUCGAUCAUGAGCUUGAAGUUAUGGUGAACGUUCAUGAAGUUCGUUUUGAGUAUGAGAAACAGAAUCAAGUACGAGCUGCACUUGCUGAAGAAUUGGCUGUUUUAAGACAAGUUGAUGAAUUUGCUUCAAAGGGUGUUAGCCCUCCAAGAGGCAAAAAUGGUGUUACCAGAUGCGAAUUGUGGGAAAAAGAAAUGGAAAUCAAGGAGAUGAAAGAACAGAUGAAAGAAGUUGUUGGCUUAUUGCGUCAAAGUGAACUCAGGCGAAAAGAAGCAGAAAAGGAAUUAAAAUAUAGAGAUAAAGCUGCUCCUCCUAUUGCACCAGCAACACCACCUCCCGUCAACCCUCACAAGCACAAUGCCGAUGACACAAACGAUCCUUUGUCUCCAAUUCCGGUGCCAGCUCAGAAACAACUUAAAUAUACGGCAGGAAUUGCCAAUGUGUCUGUGAGAGAUUCAGCUGCAUUCAUGGAUCAAACACGAAAGAUGGUACCUAUUGGGCAACUGUCGAUGAAGAAAUUAACGGUAGCUGGGCAUGGUGGGAAACUGUGGAGAUGGAAAAGGAGUCAUCAUCAGUGGCUAUUACAGUUCAAAUGGAAGUGGCAAAAGCCUUGGAGACUUUCUGAGUUGAUUAAGCACAGUGAUGAAACCAUCAUGAGAGCUAAGCAUCGUCCACAUGCGCUUCCUGAUGUUAUGUAUAGAAAGGGUCGUUAG